UAUAAAUUUGUACAUGUAUACUGGUAUUAUUCAUUUUACCGAAAUAUUUCUAAUAAUUUUCAUUCACGUAAAAACAAAUUUUUAUAAAUACCAAAAUCUUGACUCAAGAAAAGUUCAAUUUCUACAGAUUAAAGACCAUACAUUUAAUUGUGCAAAGUUAGGGGCAUUUCGUCGUUAACAUGUAAAUUCUCCAUUAUAUUAAGUUUGUUAUAUCAUUGUCGUUGUCGUUUUGGCAGACCGAAUGAUCGAAUACUGACAGCAUAAACGUGUUACAUUACUACAUUUGAUAAACCUUAAAAACAUAUUUUGAAAUUACCAAAAUGGUUCUACUAGAAAAUGAUACGUUUUUAGUGGAAUUAAUACGACUUUUCGAUAAAUGUCGAUUUUCUGGUUCUAUAGUAUUUACUAUUAAAAGAUUUAAUGGACACAACAAACCAGUGCCAAGAAAAGGCAAGCCUGCGUUACCAACACCAGCUGAAUUUCUUUGUUUAAUAAGAGCUACAUGCAGAUCCAAAAAGAUUUCUACUGUUGUACAUAUUAAGGACAUAAAUAAGUUCCAUCAAGCAUAUUGGAAUUCAUUAAAGUCAAGUAUCAAUGGCCUUAAGAAACUAAAAAAGGUUAAAUCUGCAAAACCUAAAGUUCAUUAAUAUUGUGAUAAUUCAGUGUUUGAUAUUUACUUAUUAUAUGUGUUAUUAAAAUUUUUUGUAUAACACAAAACAUAUUUUCCCUAAUGUAUAAUGCAAUACUGCCUAAGAAAUAAAUCACAAUGUAAUAAUUUACAACAUAAAAAUACGUGUCAAUACAAAUACAUUGUUGAAUUUUUGUAUGUAAAUAUAUAUAAAAUAUAAUUAUUGUCAACGC